AAAAAAAAAAAAAAAUCUUUCUACCCAAUCCUAUUCGUCUUCUACGAGUUUCAGUUACUGUCUGCCGGCUGUUGGGUGUUCCCAAAUCACUUCACCUUCCCCAAAUUCUUCUCUGGCUUUUGUUUAAAUUCUGAUUCUUUUUGUUCUUUCCCCUUAAGAAGCUCCGCUAAAUUGCGAUCGAUUACAUAACCCCUCAGGGCUUUAAAUCUUCUAACACAAGAACGAUUAUUGCUAAGCUUUCACUUCAUCAUCUGAGAGAUGCAAUCCAAAUCGGGAGGAAGAGGAAAUGAAGAGGAAGUGAACCAGCAGCAACCCAUGAUGAUGUAUCCAGACCCUUGGUGGAAAAACAACUCCUUUGGUGGUGUCCUUCCUCAAGAGAGACCUUCUGGUUCAGAAUCAAACGAUGUUCAUUCACCAUCUGAAGACGACGGUGGCCCUUGUAAGGAUUCACAAGCUGCUACUUCUCCUCCUCCUCCUCCAGUAGAUAACCAUGGAGAAGAAGGGAAUGAUCCAACGCAUUCUAUGGAUGAUCAGCAAGUUGUACAACCACCAGAGCUUGUUGGACACUACAUUGCGUGUGUUCCAAAUCCAUAUCAGGAUGCAUAUUAUGGAGGAAUGAUGGGAGCAUAUGGUCAUCAUCAACCAUUGGGGUUUCGUCCAUAUCCUGGAAUGGCUCGUGAAAGAACAGCUCUGCCACUAGACACGACACAAGAACCUGUUUAUGUGAAUGCAAAACAGUACGAGGGGAUUCUAAGGCGAAGGAAAGCACGUGCCAAGGCUGAGCUAGAGAGGAAAGUCAUCAACAGAAAGCCUUAUCUUCAUGAGUCGAGACACAAGCAUGCGAUGAAAAGGGUGAGGGCUAGUGGAGGCCGGUUUGCAAAGAAAAGUGAAGCAGAAGCAGCAGAGGAUGCAGCAGCAGCGAGGAGAGAAAGGAGUUCAGCAACCAACUCAUCAGGCUCUGAACAACCAGUUGAUUCUUAAGGUGCAUCAUAGUCAGCCAAAGCUCUGAGAAAGAGAGAGAGACACGCUUUGGUUUUGUGUGUUGCUUAGUUGUUCUUGUCAGAGUUCCAUAUCAUGUGGUUUUACAGUUACUAUGUACAAAGAGAGACGAGUUCUUUUAGGUGUUAGAUUUGGAGACAGGGGAAAUAGUAGUCAGUAGGUUUUGUUUUUAUUCUUUUGGAAAUUUGGAAAAAUACGUUUGUUUAAUCAAUUGCUUUUUUGAGCAGAAAGUGUUACUACA